AUGAAUGAGGCAAGGCAUAAUGCGUUUGGAACGGCCAUGAAUGGCAAAAUCUAUAUAGCAGGUGGAAUGCAAACCGAUGAAGAAAUUUGCAGAGUUCUUGUAAAUGACACAUGUGAGAUGUAUGACCCAUCAACCAAUGAGUGGCAAAUGAUGCCAAGUCUUAAUAUACCACGCCACUCUUCAAGCAUGGUCUGCUUUCAGGAAGCACUGUAUGUCGUAGGUGGGUUGAAAAAUAAGAGCAAACAUUCAAGAGAGUUAUCAGUGGAGGUGUUUGAUUUUAAGACAAAUGUUUGGGAGAAGAAAUCAACCAUACCAGUUGAUGAUGAAAAUGAGGAGGAAAGGAAGAAAAACUGGCAUUACAAAGCCUGUUCUGCAGCAAUGCAUAGAGCUGCAUUAGAAGGGCCUAUUGAGUGUUAA